AUAAUGGGAUGCACACGUGUUUUAAGGGAUUUGUGGGAAGUUAAACGGACUCUGAUUGUUAUUGUGGUGCCUUUACUAUUACUGCCUUUACCGCUACUCGUCGACUCCUCGGAGGCCAAAUGUGCAUAUGGUCUUGCCGUGAUGGCAAUUUUUUGGAUAACAGAAACUCUCCCAUUGGCUGUGACAUCUUUGUUACCUGUAAUAGUGUUCCCUCUCUUUGGGGUUAUGAAAGCAGGGGAUGUAGCAUCAAACUAUAUAAAGGAUUCCUCAAUAUUUGGAAUUGGUGGCUUGACUCUUGCUGUUGCUGUAGAAAAAUGGAAUCUUCACAAGAGAAUAGCUCUGAGAGUUCUACUCAUGUUUGGUUCAAAACCUAAAUGGUUAAUGUUUGGUUUUAUGUUACCUACUUGGUUUUUGUCUAUGUGGGUCAGUAAUACGGCUACCACGGCCAUGAUGAUACCAAUUGUAGGUGCUGUAAUGGAACAGUUAAAAGAAGUUAAUGAAGUUGAUGAAGUCUAUGAAAAGGGCAUCGAUAAUUCUGGAUUUGUUAAAUCAAGUAAUGUGGAAGAGCAACCAAAUGAGAAUGGCGUUAAAGACUAUCACAUCACAUACACUGAAAACGGAGAAGUAGGCGUGAAUGAAGUACAAAUUGAAGUAAAAGAAAAACAAAAUAAAGAGCAAGUACAUCACAAUUAUUCAGAAUCUAAUGAGUAUAAAAAUAUGUGUAAGGCAAUGACAUUAUGUGUUGCCUAUUCUGCUAAUAUUGGUGGAACCGGAACCUUGUCUGGAACAGGACCAAACAUAAUUAUGCAAGGACAAGCAGAUCUAGUAUUCCAGCGAGUUGGCAUAGAAUCUUCAGGGAUUAACUUUGUUAGUUGGAUGAUAUUUGCCCUUCCUGGAUCUAUUAUAUGUUUAGCAUUGUUAUGGAUAUGGUUACAGAUAUGGUUUCUAGGAAUAAGCUUUGCAGAAAUAGUUGUAUUAGUCCAUUUCGUUUUACUGAUUUUAUUAUGGUUUAGCAGAAAGCCUCCGUAUGUUGAUGGCUGGGGGUCAUGGUUCAAGACGGGAUAUUUAACAGAUUCUGCGUCCGCCAUACUAAUUGUGACAUCAAUGUUUGUAUUCCCAUCAGUUCGCCCUGCUGUUUUGUGUUUUAGAAAAACGAAAGGAUUUCCAAAAGAUGACAGACCACAUAUACCGGUGCCGCCUAUAUUGGACUGGCCUACUGUUGAGAAGAAGUUUCCAUGGGGUGUUCUGUUAUUGAUAGGAGGAGGAUUCGCUCUGGCAGAUGCCUGUGAGAAAUCUGGUUUAUCUUCAUGGAUCGGGUCACAUUUAGAAGCCUUUAAGGAAUUAGACACGUGGGUUAUGGUCCUUCUCUUUACAGCAUUAGUAGCUGUAUGUACAGAAGUUACUAGUAAUACAGCUACUAUAACGCUUUUAUUACCUAUUCUUGGAGAUCUGGCAGUCCGUUUACAACUGAAUCCAUUGUAUUUAAUGUUUCCAUGUGCCAUUGCUACGUCUUUUGCAUUCAUGCUUCCUGUUGCAACACCACCAAAUGCUAUAGUAUUUGCGACUGGGUAUAUUACCGUCAAAGAUAUGGCAUCAGCUGGAUUCAUGGUGAACAUACUAUGUAUCUUGGUAUUGAAUGUAGCAGUAAAUACAUGGGGAAUGGCAUAUUUUAACCUUAACGUUGUUCCUCCUGAAUUUAUAAAUGGACACAACGCUACUAUGAAUAUGACGACUGUUAGUUCCUAGUCAAAACGCGAUCUGAUUUUUCGAACUGUUUAAAUAAUAUUGAAUAUUCUUCGGUUUAUUGUUAAUGCAUUAUAUUUAUUUGCAUCACUUUAUGAUUUUGAUAAAAAUUAUUGUUUAUAAAUUAAGGAAAUUUUA